AAAUCAAAUCAGGAAAAAAAAAUUUCCUUUUCAAUUUAUGCUCGAAGCCACAAAAGGGGUCAAGUUUGCACGAAAUUGGUUGAAUCUUGAUCGGAUUCUUCAACCCAUAACCGCUGCGACCGUAUUUCUUCCUCUGCGUUACUGGAAUCUUGGACGAAUCUUUCAGUGCAUGGCAUCCGCGGGUCAUGGGGACACUAGAUCUGGUGCUUCCCACCGACUAGAUUGGUCACCAGAGAGUGUUGCCUUCCGCCAAAGAGGGAGAGGAACAAGAGCACAGAGAGCUAGUACGUGCUGUGAUGAAUCAUAGAGGAGAGGAGAGCAGAGGAGAGGACCGGGGAGAAAGGGUAAAAGUUAGAUUUUAUUUUCUUAAGUGUGAAGAGGAUCUUUUUUAUCUACACGUUAGGAGUAAUUUUUUAUUAUAAAUAUAUAUAAAACUGUAUAAAAUUUAAUAUUAAAU